CAAGAAACACAUUAUGGUCUUGUGACCAUAUGUUUAUUCCGAUUUUGACCUUGCUGCAGAUGUACCUAAUGCAAGUUUGAGAUCUGUGAGUUUUGAAGGAGGUGAGUUUUAAUGUCUGAACUUCAUUGAAAGAUGCCCCAAGCACCCAGCUCUAAAAUGCAGACAACACCGAGUACCUGGACCCCUCUAAAUCAUCAGCUCUCCAAAGCUCAGGUUUUUGAAGAAAGAAGAAAUCUGAUUGGAAAGUGGUUUGACAAGUGGACAGAUAGCCAGCGUAAACAGGCGCUGCAAGGCUUUUUCUCUAGAUGUUCGGUUAGCCAGCUGAAAUAUCUCAGACAGACUCUGAGCAAUUUGGUACCAGAAGAAGCCCUCGACUUCACUAACGCCCUUCCCAGGGUCUUAUCCCUGUAUAUCUUUUCCUUCCUGGACCCCAGAAGCCUAUGUAGGUGUGCACAGGUGAGUUGGCAUUGGAAAAACCUUGUGGAGCUUGACCAGCUUUGGAUGCCUAAAUGUCUGAAACUAGGAUGGUGCAUCACUUUUGCUCCCACACCAUUUGAGCAAGGUGUAUGGAAGAGGCAUUAUAUAGUGACCGUGCAGGCACUUCAUAUUAGCAGGCCCAAGGUUAAGAUAUCUGCAAAGGAGGAGUUCAUUAUCCCUGAGGUGAAAGUAAUUGGCAGUGGAAGUAAGGGGUCACUUCCUAUAACUGGAAAGUUUGGUCUCUCAAGACAGCAUGGGAAGAGUAAAGAUGGGAAUGGUUUAGUGAAAUCAGCCAAAGGACUUCCACCAUGGAGAGAUCCGGACAGGCACCCCACCGACACGAUAAGCUUUAACUACUUGAAUAAUGUUGACCCAGUUAAACAAGCAAGAAACGUGCUCCUAAAGGGAAGAUGUAAUUCCAAUACAACAAGACAAGAAAAUGGCAAAAAAUACCAUCCCACUCUACAUACAAGUUGCGCAAGUCCAAAUCUUUAGGAAGCCAAUAUAACUGUCAUGUGACUGCUCUGUUGAUUCUCAUACAAAUAAGCAGAAACGGCAGCAUGCAAAGAAUUCUCCAGAGACUACAUAAGUUAUCGUGCAUACUGAAAAGACUAUAGAGUACAUGGAACAUAAUGGCAAUGAGCUGCACAGAGGAAAAGGAAGGCACUGUGUUGCUAGGAGAAGAAAACUAAUUUAAAAGUUUAUCAUUAAAAAUAAAGGAUUUAAUUUG